UCGGUUCCAUAUAGUCGCGUGGAAUAGCGCGACAACGACAGUCGUCCACUUUGCUGGCCUACUGACCCGACCGCCGCUUAUUCCACACCGAGAAAGUGACUGAAGAGACACUUUUCAUUACAUACUAUUACCGAUUCACCGUCCAUCGGUCCUCAGUCCGAUUCGUAUCACGACCGGAAAGCAUCGGCUCGGAUAAGCGAAGCUGCGGAAACCGCUGUCAAAAUACGGUAAAAAAUCUCGACGAAAAAGGAGGUCGCGAAUUAUUCCCGCGUGUGUGCAGAGUGAAAAAAAAAAAAAAAUUUCGGCGAACUAAAGGGUGGCGCGAAAUAAACCGAGCAGGAUGAAACUGCGUAAUGGUACCAGAAAGCGGUGAGGCUUCGAGCCGGUUUUUAAACCCUUCAACAGCCGAGUAGGAGAGUGUAAAAAUUAAGGAGCGACAUGGCCCUCGGGAGCUUUUUGAUAUUCGGGGCGAUGGUGUCGACGGCGCUGGCGCAGACGGGAAGGGACUUCUUCUUGGGUCCGUGCCUGGUUAAGACGAACCGAACAUGCCCGGACGACGAGGUAAAGUUCUUCCUGUACACCAGAAGGAACCGCGAGAACGGCCAGGAGGUGAACAUCACCACGUCGGGCUCCUCCAACAUCCGGGAGUUGAACUUCAACCCCGUCAACCCGACCAAGGUAAUAAUCCACGGGUACAACUCGGACAUGCAGCUCGACUCGCUGGUCAGCAUAAGGAACGAGUACCUCGUCAGGGGCGAGUGCAACGUCAUCGCCGUCGACUGGCAUCGGUUGGCCGCAGCCCCGUGUUAUCCUGUCGCCGUUCACAACGUCCCCCACGUCGGACGGUGCCUGGGACAGCUGAUCCAGAUCCUGCGAGACGUCGGGGCGACGGACCUCCACGUUAUCGGAUUCUCGCUGGGCGCCCACGUGCCAGCCUUCACGGCGAGGGCCUUGAGGCCCUACAAGCUGCCCCGAAUCACGGGCCUGGACCCGGCCAUGCCGCUGUACGUGACCGUCAGCCGGGACGAAAAGCUCGACCCGAGGGACGCGGACUUCGUCGACGUCUUUCACACGAACGCGUUCAUCCAGGGCAAGGUCGAGGCCAGCGGGCACAUCGACUUUUACAUGAACGGCGGCAUCACGCAGCCGGGGUGCUGGGAGAAGAGGAAUCCCUUUGGGUGCAACCACCAUAGAGCCGCCGUGUACUUCGCCGAGUCCAUCAACUCCGAGGUUGGCUUUUGGGGAUGGCCGUGUCCCGGACUUUUGUCGUAUCUGCUCGGACUCUGUCCACCCAGGUUUCCCGCUGUGCUGGCCGGCGAUCGGUGCAAUACACAGUACCGGGGUUUUCAUCUGGUGAAAACACGUGCCCAGGAACCCUUCGCCGAAGGACCAUUCACUGUCGAUCCUAGGGACACUUGACAGGAGGAUUUGGUUGACGAUUUUGCUUGGCGUUCAUUAUCUUCGGUGCAAAAUGAAGAAGGUGACCGGUUCAGCUGACUCUUUUACAUACUUUGCCCUACUGAUAUACACAGACUUUCGAUUACGUUUAGGAGAUGUGAAAUACCAGCUGUAGUAUUAUCUCGAAGUAUUUUAUUUAUUUAUUAGCCGUAUGUAUACACUAUACAUACAUGUAAUCUUAGCUGUUAAUGUACAUAUUUUUUCAUUGCUCUAACGUUUGUUUGUCGUUUAUACAAGACUUGUUGUUUUACAAGAUUAGUAUAACGCGUUAUAAGAUCUAUUACGGAGAAUCAAAGUACGAUCAGCAGAUGUGAAUUUUUCGCCAAUCAGGUUACGAGGAGUCCAAACUUGAUUAACGAAAUGAUAACGAAAUAUGGAAACGAAUUUUAACGUGGAGAAAAAAUCAGUCUUUCUCUGACGUUUCAUGAAGUUUGUUUUUUCGCAAUGUUUCCAGAACAAUCUUCGAUGUCGUAAUGGCAGUCGUUUGUCUUUUUACUGUCACGUUUUUCUCAACGUAUAAUAAAGACUGUAAUUUUCAAUUUUGCGACGCUUCACUCGACACAUUAUCAAGCGUGCAUUCGAGAAUUUUUAACGAUUAUUUAACGUGUUAAUUAAUAAUGACGUAUUGCUGAUUGAUCGCUCCAAGUACUGGCAAUUGUCAGGAACAAAAGAUUACGCCCGACAGUAUCGCCAUAAUCGCAGAUUGUUUCGUAAGUAUGUAUUUUAUUUCCGCUCGAAAUCACGAUAGGAUUAUUAUCGACGCCUUAUCAUACCAAUGAAACCGAAUUUCAGAGAUAAACAUCACGAGAUGGGCGAACGAUUGCAACGUAUACAAUUCUGUUUUACUGAUACAGUAGAAUUUUUCUCGCCUGCGUGAGUGAAAAAAAAAAUAUAUGUAUAAGAUAAAAUAUUA